AUGGCGUCUCUUCCAGUUCGUCGCGUGGCCGUCAUCGGCGCCGGCAUCUCGGGAGUAAACACGGCAGCCCAUCUUAUCGCCGAAGGCCUAGACGUGACCGUGUUCGAGCGAUCGUCCGCCGUCGGAGGUGUUUGGGUCUUGAACCCGACGCGUCCUCUCGAGCCUACGUAUCCCUCGUCCAAGGCGUCCGUAGCAGACGUUACGUUUCAUAAUGUUCCUGACAAUGUCGAUCCGUAUCUUCUGCACUCGCAGCCUGGACCCUGCUACGAUGGACUGAAGAACAACGUCCCGAUUGAGCUGCUGGAGGUCUCGCUGAACAAAUGGAAGCCGAACACGCAGUCCUUUUCGACCCAUGACGUUCUUUCAGACUACAUCCAGGACACGGCCGCAAAGACGGGCGUCACCGAAAGGACCAUGUUCGACACGAAAGUGGUCAGCAUCAAGAAAGACCGAGACGUGUGGCAGGUGACGACCAGCACAUGGGAUCAUACCACGAAAAACGCCACCACGAGAGACUGGACAUUCGAUGCUGUCGCCGUAGCUUCCGGCCACUAUCACGCUCCCCAGAUCCCUGCCAUCAAAGGGUUGGCCGAGUGGAAGACUGCCUUUCCGUCAAGGGUGCUGCACUCGAAGAGCUUCCGGAAUGCCAAGGGCUUUGAGAAAAAGGCAGCUCAGACCGUGCUCGUGAUUGGGGGCAGCGCGUCCUCAACCGACAUCGCCGUCGAGCUGUCGCCCGUCGCCAAAAAGGUGUGGCAGUCCACGCGCGACGGCCCCUUUGACCAUCCGGCCGCGAUGCUGCCGGCAAAAGCCAAGCGGGUGGCCGAGAUCCGCAGCUUUGGCCGGCUGACCGACGGUCCGGCGCCCGCGUCGGAGCCCAUUCCGGCGACGGUGACUCUGGUUGAUGGCCGCACCAUUGACGACAUAGACGCCGUCUUUGUCGCCACGGGCUACCAGUUCAGCCUGCCAUUCCUUCCGCAGCUGCACAGAGACGACGUGGCACCACAGCAAGCCGACGACACCGUGCUGGUCACCGACGGCCAGCAGCUACACAACUUGCACAAAGACAUCUUCUACAUCCCAGAUCCGACGCUCGCCUUUGUCGGCGUGCCUUUUUACACCGCAACGUUCUCUCUUUUUGAGUUCCAGGCGAUCACGGUCGCGGCCGUCUUCGCGGGCAAGACCGCCCUGCCACCGGUCCAGCAGCAGAGGGCCGAAUACGAGAAGCGGGUGCGGGACAAGGGCUACGGGAAGCUGUUCCACAACCUGCGCAGCCAGGACGUGGAGUACUCGCGGGAGCUGAUGGCAUGGGUGAACGAGGGCCGGACGCCGGCAGAGCAGAAGCCGGACGGGUACUCUCCAAAAUGGAUAACAACCAAGGAGAAGAUGCUAAAGGUGCCGAACAAGAAGAACAUCUUGUAUGCGGAAACACAAAAAAAUGGGCUUGUGGUGCAGUAG